AUGAUUACCUAUUCUUCAGAAAAAGACAGUGGUAAACUUGGUGAUAGUGAACCAACCAAUAUUAUGAGUGAUGAGUGGAAGACAUUUCAUAUUCAUGAAGAGAAAAUUCCUGUUCAAGAUGAACGUGCGAAAAAUCAUGAUAAAGCCCUCAGGAUGAUGGUGAAAAUGGGGUACAAAGAGGGAACAGGAUUGGGAAAAAAUGCACAAGGAAUUACAAAAACAAUAGAUAUGUCAUAUCAACUGGGCAAGAAAGGUUUUGGGUUGAAACUCAAAAAUCUCAAUGCUCCUGCUGAAUAUUGGGAUUUCACAAGAGAAGUAGUUGAUGUAAAGGAAGAUCUCAAGUGGCUGUCAAAUUGUGAAGAAUCUGACUUGGGUUUUGAAGCAAUGCAAUCAUGGACUAGAGAAGGCCCUCCAAAACAUGAUAUUUUCGAUGAAGUCAACUUUUGUGAUCAAGAAAUUUUACAUAAGGUGCUCAGAGCUAAAGACAUAUUCGACGAACUGGACAUUAUGGAGCUAUGUCAAGCAAGGGCAAAAUCAAAUCCAUUUGAGACUAUCAAAUCCGUAUUUUUUAUGAACAGGGCUUCUCUAAAGAUUGCUAAUAUCGAUGCCGCUACUGAUUUCAUGUUCAGUAAUAUUGAUGAAAAUGAGCACCACAAAGAUCAUAAAGGUCCGUUUUACUUUGCUGAUGUGUGUGCAGGUCCUGGUGGAUUUUCAGAAUAUAUUCUGUGGCGGAAACAUUGGUAUUUCAAAGGGUUUGGCCUAACCUUGAAAGAUGACAAUGAUUUCAAACUCGGUGACUCUAUUUGUGCUUCCCCUGUUACAUUUCAAGCAAUGUAUGGCAAAGAUGGGGACGGGAAUGUUUGCUCCCCUGAGAAUAUAAUAGAUUUUCGCGAUAAAGUUUUACAUGAAACAGACCAAAAAGGAGUUCACUUCAUGAUGUCCGACGGGGGAUUUUCAGUGGAAGGAAACGAAAACCUUCAAGAAAUUCUUUCCAAGAAUAUAUAUGCAUGUCAGUGCUUAGUGGCAUUGGAAAUAGUUAGACCCCAUGGACAUUUCGUAACAAAACUUUUUGACAUAUUUACGCCGUUCAGUGUGGGCCUUCUCUAUUUAUUAUACAAAUGUUUCGAAAAAAUAUCCAUUAUGAAGCCGAAUAGUUCAAGGCCAGCUAAUUCUGAGCGAUAUUUUAUUUGUUCUAAUCUGAGGGAUGGUGAAGCAGUCCAGAGUAUCAAGAAAUAUCUGUGGAACAUUGUAAAGAGAUUGUGGAGUUUGAGAGACAAUUCGGAGGUGGAUGUUCUGGAAAUUGUUCCACUAGAAAUUUUGAAAAGAGAUGAUCAAUUUUAUGAAUUUAUCCGUGAAACAAACAACAGGUUGGGUGCCAAACAAGUUAUUGCUCUGGAAAAAUUGGCAGCUUUUUGCCGCAAUCCUACAUUGAUUGAAGUGAGACAAGAAGAAAUCAGAAAUAGGAGUCUGAAAUACUGGCAAAUACCAGAUAAUCCAAAAAUCUUUACACCUCAAUUGAAUCUUGAUGAUUUUCUGAAUUCUGUUACAAAAGAACCAGAAAUCUUCCAUUGUCAACCAAAACAAAUCAGUAAUAUUGAGAAUUUCAACUUGACAAUUUCUGAUGCAGAAGACUGGCACUACUGCUGUAUGUAUAGUUCUGAAAAAACGAGCAAUGAUAAUAUUUAUGCAGCUACCGGAAAUUCUAAAUCUUUUCGACUCCAGAAAAAAAAGUGGGUACGUGUCAAAAACAUACACUUGUGCAAAGGAACUUUACUCUUUGGAGAGUUUGUCAAAGAAAAAUGUACAACAAAAAUUGAAGGACAAGAAGUUGAGGGUUUACGGUACAGCCUUCAUGUUAUUGAUGCUCUGCGAUUGGGAGAUACUAAUUUGGGAAAAAUGAGCUUCAUUGAAAGGUUGAAAUUGAUAAAUGUUUACUGUGCAGCUGUGAAUAAAGAAUCACAAACAAACUCCGUGAGGAUUCGUCCGAAACCAAUCUAUAAUUUGACAAAUAUCACUUCAGAUAAUCCGAUUCGGUCAGACAUGAAUGGUAAAAUGUAUUCAAAUUUACCUCUUUUGGGAUACAAGUCCCUGUCUGAGGUUUAUGAUGUAAAGUCACUGUUACUUUUGAAAUUAAACAGUAGUCAAACAUUUAACUCUACUUAUGUACUCAGAGUCCAAAUAUUUCUUAAGGAUGCAGAAACAGAUGCCACUGAAAGCAGCACAUUGUCUGUUGAAGAUGUUAUAUCAGAGAUUAAACAAAACAAAUUUUAA